AUGUGCCCUGAACUGCAGGAGGUGUGGCUGGAGGACGAGCAACCGGAGUAUUGGGAAGGGGUGACGAUAGAAAACGGCCGGGUGGUGGAGCUCGACUUGGAAGACGUUGGCCUGACCGGAGCGGUGCCGGCUGAGGUUGGGCAGCUCCCGUCGCUGGUGAAGCUGAGCCUCCGCCACAAUCAGCUGACGAGCUUGCCGGCGGAGAUCGGGCAGCUCCCGUCGCUGACGAGGUUGUGGCUCGCCGGCAAUCAGCUGACGAGCUUGCCGGCGGAGAUCGGGCAGCUCAUGUCGCUGGAGGGGUUGUUCCUCAACGGCAAUCAGCUGACGAGCGUGCCGGCGGAGAUCUGGCAGCUCACGUCGCUGAGGGCGUUGAACCUCUACGGCAAUCAGCUGACGAGCGUGCCGGAGGAGAUCGGGCAGCUCACGUCGCUGAGGAGGUUGUUCCUCUCCGGCAAUCAGCUGACAAGCAUUGGUCUCCUGAGCGCGCUAAGGGGGUUAGGCGUUAGCGGCAAUCAGCGGACGAGUGUGCCGGCGGAGAUCGGGCAGCUCACGUCGCUGGAGGUGUUGGAACUCCACUACAAUCAGCUGACGAGCGUGCCGGCGGAGAUCGGGCAGCUCGCGUCGCUGAAGUGGUUGAACCUCCACGGCAAUCAGCUGACGAGCUUGCCGGCGGGGAUCGGGCAGCUCACGUCGCUGACAUAUUUGUUCCUCGACGACAACAGGCUGACGAGCUUGCCGGCGGAGAUCGGGCAGCUCACGUCGCUGGAGAGGUUGUACCUCCGGCACAAUCAGCUGACGAGCUUGCCGGCGGAGAUCGGGCAGCUCGCGUCGCUGGAGUGGUUGUACCUCGAAGGCAAUCAGCUGACGAGCUUGCCGGCGGGGAUCGGGCAGCUCACGUCCCUGACAUAUUUGUACCUCAACGAAAAUCAGCUGACGAGCUUGCCGGCGGAGAUCGGGCAGCUCACGUCACUGAAGGCGUUGGGCCUCAACUACAAUCAGCUGACGAGCGUGCCGGCGGAGAUCGGGCAGCUCGCGGCGCUGAGGGAGUUGGGCCUCUUCGAAAAUCAGCUGACGAGCGUGCCGGCUGAGAUCGGGCAGCUCACGUUGCUGGAAGGGUUGGAACUCCGCCACAAUCGGCUGACGAGCGAGCCUGCUGCGAUACGCGAGCUCAGAGCGGGCUGUCGUGUGGGCAUGGAUCGUGGCGUGACGGUGGACGAGUGA